ACUUGUGCUUCACUAUGCAGAGGCGCUUAGUUCCACAAUACCCGUUCUUUUCAGUUGCUUGCUUCAUCAGAAUACUCCCGGUCGAACUAACUAGACUACGAAAUUUUGCCUUGAUUCUAGAUUCUAGGCUAGCUCUCCUCGUCUGGGCAGAAGAUGUUCCCGAUGAAGUGCCGAGCGCUUGUAGUGGCCCAACAUCAGGUCCAUCACCAGACCCCAGUCCAGAACCAAAAACUAGACCCACUUGAAGGCCCAUCUCAGCUCCUCACCCGAAUCAAUUCUUGAACCUUCCCUAACGUUUCUCAAACAUUGUUUCCUUUAGUUCCGGUAGAAUCCAAAUGUCAGGAAACCCAAUCUGAGACAGACUUCGCACGGAGGAUUUUGCAGCUGAUUUGGCUUAAAUAUUAGUUUUGUGAGCGCUCGAUAUUCGUCGUCUCGGCCUUCUCUAAUUUUUCCGUUCCUUCUCGCCGGCUACUUUUUGCCCUAAAUGAUUGGCGAACAAUCGGACACAGAGCGCGCCGAAGCACUCGAUUUUGCCGCCCAGCAUUGUUCUUGCUUUAAAAACCGAGCACCGCAGCACCACGAGCCACUCCACUCCGCCUCCUUGUCCCUGCUUCAUCAUCAACUCCAAGCAAGAGCAGCUAAUAGUACGGUGACCCACACCUGUAAGCCAUUGUGUCUUGAUCGAUUUUGUUGGUGGACUGUUGGCUUCUCUUGAGAGAGUCCAGGCCUACCGUAUCCUUAGCAGUGUAUUGUACAUAGAACAGCAAGAACGGCUACAUUGGAGCACAUCCAGAGCACCGACAACGACACCAUCACACAAGCAACAUCACCAUGAGAUACGACUUGGCCUUUUUCCUCUGUUGUUGCAAAUCAUUUCUGGGCUCCGAUGACGAUGCGGACGGAAGCGACUUUUACGCCCAGCUGGGGAUCACAAGAGAAGCCACUCAAGAUGAAAUCAAACGAGCCUAUAAACGACAAAGUCUACAAAUGCACCCUGACAAAUUGGCACAACGAGGACAACAAGUCACAGAGGCAGAUCAAGCAAAUUUUACAAAGAUGAAGGAAGCCUACGAAGUGCUAUCCGAUCCACAUAAGCGAGAAACAUACGACACCAUUGGCGCUAGAGGGAUGAAAUGGCUAGAAGAACCCUUUAGUGUGGACCCACAGGAACUCGCACACAAUUUUGCCACUAGUUCAGCACUGGAUCGAUCCAAGAUCUUCUCCAUUUUUGUGGGUGUGGCUGUCGCUGUCUUGAUAUUGCCCAUCCUAGUCUGUCUACAUGUCGAUGGUGUAUUUGGAGAUGAAGCCUCUUGGUUUGCUACACUGACGCCUCUGUGGAUAUGGGAUGCUUUCAUCUUAUUCUAUCACUCUAGAGUGAUCAUGAUGGGACCCAUUGCUCGACCAGAUCACAUACCUCCGGAAGAAUGGGUCGAUCCGCUGCCAAUGAGGAAACGGAUCUUUUCUCUGGUCAGAUUCGUCCUCAUUGUACUCUUUGAACUGCUAGUGGCACUCAAACUGGAUGGUCUGGUCCGAUGGCCCUGGGCUUUCAUCUUUUUCCCACUCUACGUAUGGGAAGCUACAACCCUCUACAAAAAACUACCACUGGCUCGAAUGCGCAUCGUUACGGUCGAGGAUCUGGAGACGGCACUGGGCAAACCGUUCUCAGAGUUCACGGUCGCUGAAAAGGAACUCAUUGGAAAGCGAUAUUCAGUGGUGUCAUCAGCCACAAGUCCGGAUUUUGAUGCUGCUCAGAAACUAAAGACACGGGCACGACAUGACAUUGUCAAGUCAAUCUUUCGCAUCGUGUUUGUGCUAUUGAUGCUGGCACAACUAGAUGGCCAUGUCAGCCUCAACUGGUGGCUCGUCUUUACACCCUUCUGGGUAUUGACGGCACUGAUUUGCUUUGCCAAUUAUCAGGCUUUUGCAGAAGUCCAAAUUCUAGCUGCCGAAAAGGAUCCAACACUAUUCGGCCUCAAGAAGGAGGACGUGGAGAAGCAAGCAGGUUACGGUGCAGUAGGGGCAAACGGUGAGGCUGCUCCUCCAGCGGCACCAAAACCAGAGAUUUCAGAAGAAGAACGAGAGGAGCUCAAGGCGCAAGUCAUGGCCAGUGGGUCAAGACUUUGCAGCAAGUGCUGCUCCCAGGGAUUCUUCCUGAUUGUUGUAUUCCUCUUCCUUGCAAAGCUGCAGGGUGCAGGCUUCUCAUCUCUUUGGAUCAUUUCUCCUUGUCUCAUGGUGGCUGGCAUCAUUUUGUGCUGUUUGGGCUGUGCCAUUUUUGGAAUUACGGAGGUGCCAACUGACGGAGUAGAGUUUGAUACCGGGGACUCUUCAGGAGGCGACAACUCUUCUCCACCCAUCAUACCUGUACCUCCCACUCAACCUGCUCCUAGCCAACCGAUGACUGCAAUGCCAUACAACCCUCCACCAGCAGAAAACGCAACUGCUCCCAGUUCCACAGGAUGGGACCCUGAAAAGGGCGAAGCACGAAAAGCUUUCAUUUCCACUGAUCCAAAUCCCACCUCUGUUGCGGCUCCGGUAGUAAUACAAAGCACAACACCAGCACAGCCACUGCCGGCUCAAACGCAGCAGCCUCCCGUGGAUCUUCUAGAUUCCGAACCUGGCGCUGCGGCUCCUGCUGUUGCGGAUACACCGCAACCUGACGUCUUAGGAGGCUCUAUCCAUGAGCUCGACUAGCAACAUGCUCUUUAUCCCAGCUAGUUGUAAGCCACUAAUCUUUUUGUGAAAAUAGAACCAAUGCCUUCCAUAUUAGUGUUCUAUCAUAAUUCAUGUAUUAUUCUCUUCUGAUAAGCUACCGGUAUUUCGUGCUACGGUAGGGGAUGGCGGAGCACCUUGACCUCGAAGGUGGACCUAUGUAUUUCUCCGUCUGGUUAUUUGGUUCCGUCCCUUGGGGCUUCCACGGGUGUCACAGCGAUGGCGUCGGGUGCUGAGUCUUCGACAAUCCGAGCAGCGGCAACAGGAAUUGCCUCAUCGGCUGGUGCUGAAGCAUCUUCCGAAGCCAGAGGCGCGCUUGGACGAAGAAGUGGUGUCGAUGACUCAUCUUCUUCGGAAGGCGGGGCAGUGGCUGCAGUUCCUUCGCGUGCGGAUGCGUUGGCCCCUCCGUGCUCCUCAUCUUCUCGUGAAACGCGCUGCCUAGAGGUUCUCCUUCGGUUCUUGAGACAGCUCCAAAUCUUGUACAGAAUGACCAAGACGCCAGGGAUCAAUGAAAGCAACGCAAUGAAGGAGAAAUCACGUUUCCCAAUGAUUCUGAUAGAAAUCUCCUCAUUGCCUUGGCUGUUGUCGUGCCACGGCGAUGUGUCUAGAAUGAUGCACUUUGCAAACUCGGUCUGAAUAGGAGGGCAGGAGUUGAAAGCAAUAUCAGAGCAGAUUGGGGUCUUUCCUUUGACGUUGAAUGUUGUUAGUUCGAACCACAAGUCCACAAGCAAAUCAGCGCCCCUUGGGUAGGGGUUAUCAUAGAGCAGGGUAUAUGCGUCGUUGCGGUCCGCUUGAAAUCGCCCCACAGUCGGUUGACGAUACGUGUCCUUCAGCCUCCAUGUUUUCAAUGAACUUUUGAGCAAGUCCGACCAUUUGUCCUCAUCGUGAAGAAUGUCAUCUUGUUGCAGUAUAGAGAUUUUGUCUUGGCCUCUCAGCAGAUACACGUUGCUGGCUCCUUGCAAUUGCGUAAAAUCGGCCUCCACCUUGGACCCUUUGUUGAGAAAGAAAU